AUGUGGAAUAACAGUUACGAGAUAAAAAUGCGUACUGCUUUAUUUACUUUUUCUACAUUACUACUAUUAAUUGAAGCUAAGAUAACAAUAGAUGUAAAAGCAGGGAGGGAAAUAACAGAUACAACUAUUACUUAUUCAGGAUAUAACAAAGAUGUCGUCAGUGAGAAAGAUAUCAACCUUUUUAACAUCAACCAAAUAAACUUAAAAAGGGCCGUCAGAAAUCAUUACGGCGCAAUACCCAAAGAUGUUUAUUUAAAAAGCCCAACACCCUGGGGCGAUUUGUAUAAAAAAAACAACUGGGACCAAGUAUCCAGAAUACUGACAGUUAAAUCUGCGAUAAUAAAAGAAGGUUCCUUUAAAUCCGUGCUAAUACUUGCUCAAGAUUUCGACAACAAUUCAAAUAAGACAAUCAAAGUUAAUGCCGGCAUUAGUCAAAGUGUUGAAAAUACUUUGACGACCAGCUGGUCCAGUAGCAAAGAUGUGACUAUCUCGCAGGAGAUCGAAUACGAUUUGAACGUUAUUUUCGCAAAGGUUUCCGGAACCACAAGCUUUUCUUAUACGUCCAGUUGGGGGAAAAGUGAAGAGAAGUCGGAGUCAGUUACAAUAGGCACCAACACAGGCGUGGAAAUAGAAUUAAAUCCGCACCAAUCCGCAACAGCAGUACUGUCAGCCAAUAGGUGCUCUUUGGAAAUCCUCGUUGAAUACAUAGUUACUUUGAGAGGCAACGUUGCGAUUAACUUUAAGAAGAAACACGAGGGCCACCAUUUCUACGGACCCUCGAUUAAUAGCGUUAUGAAGAGCGGGGGGCUGGAAACACAGAAGAGUUUUCAUGAAACUGUUAGAAUCGGCGUUUUUACGGAUGCCUCUUUGAGGGUGACGGAUAAGAUUUCUGGUUUACCACUAUAACAUGUUAUGUCAUUU